UUCUAGAACUGUAUCAUUCAAUUUUACCAGGUAUUUAUCCCAAUUAUUUCAUUAUAAAUUGUAAUAAUGUUGGGAACGAAGGUUUGUUCACCCGUUUAAAUAACAAAUUAACUCAAUGGUAUAGGUCGUCAUUUGAGAUCUAAUUGUUACUUACCUGGUCAAAUAAUUUUCUACGUUUACAGAUGUAGGGGUGCAUCAGCCUGUGUAAAGAAGCUCGGCAUUUGACCCUAUUCCGAGUUGCUUAUUUUUGAACUGGAUUUCAGCAUAUUUCUCAAGGAUCCACUUUGAUUUUGUCACGAUCAAAACCAGCGACAGGUCAAGGUCAGGUGGCACAAAGUCAACAGACGCAAGGCCGGAAGCAAGUACCAAAAGUUGAAGACUUCCUUGCCACCAGAGACUACACAGGAGCUCUUACUGUGCUAGAGUUUGGAGCUGGUAAAGGAAAUGCGGAAACGGAAAUGUGGAUCGGUUACUGUGCAUUCCAUCUUGGGGAUUACAAGAAGGCCAUGUCGGUGUAUGAGGCGCUCAGCCAUAACAAGAAUCCUCCAGAAGGUGUCCCAGUGAAUCUUGCUUGCUGUUAUUUUUAUUUGGGCAUGUAUCCUGAAGCUGAUAGGACACUGCAGAAGGCAGUGAAGUCCCGUCUGAAGACUCGACUACAGUUUCACCUUGCGCACAAGCUGGGGGACGAGAAGAAGCUGAUGGAAUAUCAUCAGGAACUUGAAGAUGUGAUAGAGGAUCAGCUGUCUCUGGCAUCAAUACAUUAUCUACGAUCUCACUAUCAAGAGGCCAUUGACAUCUAUAAACGCAUCUUGCUGGAUAACAGGGAAUACUUGGCACUGAACGUGUAUGUCGCUCUGUGUUACUACAAGUUGGACUACUAUGACGUAUCACAGGAAGUGCUUGCUGUGUACCUGCAGCAGUUCCCAGACUCGGCGAUUGCCAUCAACCUGAAGGCUUGUAACCACUUCCGUCUGUACAACGGCAAGGCUGCUGAAACUGAGAUGAAAUCCCUUAUGGAUCAGAGCUCAUCGUCAUUUAGUUUUGGACAUGACCUGAUUCGUCACAACCUAGUGGUGUUUCGGGGGGGAGAAGGUGCUCUUCAAGUGCUCCCUUCCUUAGUGGAUGUUAUUCCUGAAGCUCGACUCAAUCUUGUCAUCUACUACCUCAAACAGGAAGAUGUGCGGGAGGCAUACCAGUUGAUCAAGGACCUGGAACCAGCUGUACCACAGGAAUAUAUUCUGAAAGGCGUUGUCAAUGCUGCCAUGGGCCAGGAGAAUGGUUCAAGAGAACACGUGAAAAUAGCCCAACAGUACUUCCAGUUGGUUGGCAGCAGUGCCAGCGAGUGUGACACCAUUCCCGGUCGUCAGUGCAUGGCUUCAUGCUUCUUUUUGCUGCGUCAGUUUGAAGAUGUUCUCUUAUAUCUGAGUUCAAUUAAGAGCUAUUUCUUCAAUGAUGAUAGUUUCAACUUCAACUUUGCUCAGGCCCAGGCAGCCAAGGGAAACUACAAGGAGGCCGAGGAAACUUUCCUAAUGAUUCAGAAUGACAGGCUGAAGAAUGACUAUGUGUACAUCAGCCAUUUGGCUCGAUGCUACAUAAUGAACAAGAAACCUCAGCACGCGUGGGAACUGUACCUCAAGAUGGAGACAUCAGCCGAAUCGUUCAGUCUCUUACAGCUCAUUGCUAACGACAGUUACAAGAUGGGCCAAUUCUGGCAUGCUGCAAAGGCAUUUGACAUGCUAGAGAGGUUGGAUCCCAGCCCUGAGCACUGGGAAGGGAAGCGGGGAGCAUGCGUUGGGGUGUUCCAGCGAAUUGUUGCAGGUCAGCAAAACAAGGAGCUGCUAACAGAAGCAAUACAACUGCUGAGGAACACAGCCAACUCACAGGUCGAACAGAUAAUCCGAGUCAUGAAACGUUGGGCCAAGGACAACCGCAUAAAUAUCUAGAUAAGUAGCACUCAAUAUGCUGUGCGUCAUAUGGCAUACAUUCUGCAAAUCCUUACUCUAUUAUGUGAGUCUUUAAAUCUACCAAUGCAAUAUUUUGUUUACUAUUUAUUUUUACUAGUGUUUAUUUGUACAUACUGAUUUAUUGUUUGCACAUGACUAUCAUGGGAUAUGCGGUAGUGUAGUUGGUUGAGGCACUAUGCGACAAGCUGGAAGGUCACAGGGUCAAGUCCCAAUGAGGUCAUU